AGAUAACCAAAAAAACUUCGGUACUACAAAAAUACCAGCAUUAGGACCAAAUAGAAGUCUCACAAAUAUUAUAUAUAGCACAAGUGCUAAUUAUUUAAAAUGGAAAAUAAGUUACGAACUAUUCUAAGUAGGCAGGAAAUAUACAAAAUGAUAGAUUUAUGGGGAGAGUACAUCGAUCAAUUACACGCAAAGCACAGAAACAAAGAUAUAUAUAAAGAUAUGAGCUUAGAAUUUCGGAGGCGGUACCGUUUAACGCUGAGCAGUGGUGAAAUCAGGACUCGAAUUAAUAAUUUAAAGAAAAAAUUUAAAUUAGAAAGGAAAAAUGUACUAUCUGGACGUGGUGCAUCUAAAUGGCCAUACUAUCUAAAGGUACAUAAAAUACUGGUAGAAGGGAAACCCAGCAGAUUAGGAGAAAGUUUUGAAGAGAGCUAUGCUGAUGAAGAAGAAGCUGAUAAUACUAGACCUUGUGUUGGAGAAUCAUUUCGAAUUCCUGAACUUUUGGAGAAAUUAAAAGAAGAUGAAGACGACGCUAGCAGUUCUAUUGGUACAAACCACCAGGGAAAAUUUUUCGAGGAAGAAUUUUUGAAAAUAGCCAAGGAAGAACAAAAAAAUAUGAAGAAAUAUUUUGAGAAUUCAUUAGAAAAUGAGCAAAAAAUUAUUAAGCUUUUAGAAAAAAAUAAUGACUUAAUUUCACAACUCAUGCAUAAAGCAUAAAAUUUAAAUUUAAA